AUGACCGUCGGCAUUGCCCCCGCCCUCAUUCCGGACAUUGAAAGGAUCUACGAUGUCUAUUUCUCCGCAUUCAAGAAGGACCCUAUGGGUGCCUUGAUGCUCAGCGUCCUCUUCCCAGGUGGUUUCGAGGGGGACGAGUUCCGCAAGGCCCACACCCAGGCCACCGCGGAUUACUGGGCCAAGGCUACGAACCAAUACACCUACAAAGUGCUUGACACUGAUAGCAUGGGAAUUAUUGGCAUGGUCCUUACCGACGCCUACCUCGCGCCCCGUACUAGCGAAGAGCGUGCCAACCACGGCGUGCCCUGGCUCGAGGGCGAGCAUCGUGCAAAGGCCGAAGCUAUUUUGAACCCUCUGUGGGAAGCCAGGGAAUCCAUCUUUGGAGGAAGGCCCUAUAUCUACACUCACGUCAUCGCUAUUGAGCCGAAGCACCAGGGCCGCAAGGCUGGCGCCCUCAUCUGCAAAUGGGGCGUCGAGAUGGCUGAGGCGUGGCAACUGCCUCUUUACUUCGAAGCUUCGCCUUCCAGCGUGGGCCUCUACGAAAAAAUGGGGUUCCAGAAGCUCAGCGAGACCAUUGUUCACAAAAGGAGGUUCUUGGCACGCCCGAGGACAUCCAAGUGCCUCUGA